UCAUAAUGCAUGUUUGUGUGCAUAUAUAUGUAUAUCUUUCUGUGUGUUUCACUGGUGUAGGGAUGAUUGAGUCAUUGCAAGCGGUGUAUCAAGCAGUGUAAGUCACCUUGGGGAAUGGUGUUCACUGGAAGUCGCUUGGCGAGAAGUGACAGAUAAAUACCGUAGGUAAAUGUAAAAACAGUGUACGCGGCUACUAUUAGUGUUACGGUCCGUUGGUUGCAAACGACUGUGCGCCUUUAUUGGGUACGUUACGGCCGAGGGCAGCAUGGUUGCCUGUUGUGUCGCGAUCGUGUGUUUCCGAGCGUCCGGAAUAUUCCAGAUUCCUUCUGCGAAGAGUCUGCGGGCGGCGCGCGUCUGCUCGAGAAGCACGAGUCUAUUCUGAUCCUUGCCUUCAUUCGCUGGGCUGCCUGCGGUAACGGGUGACCAUGGCACAAGGUGGCGGCGAGAGGCAGCAUCCCCGCAACCUGCAGGGUGUCCUGCGCAUGGCGGUGGAGGCGGGCUCUGCAGCGGAUGGCCCCGCCCCCAGCGAGCCCAUGUCGGAGGAGAGGAAGGCGUGGCUGCGGGAGGCGCUCGCCGAGCUUUGCCACGGGCAGCGGGACGAGGUGGAGCAGAUGAAGGAGUGCCUGGCCGUUCUGCGCAGGGGCCUGGGCGGCGGCGAGGACGUCUGCGAGGACGAGGACGAGGACGAGGACGGAGUGGAGGCCGCGCUGGAGCUGCUCUCGGAGCUCUGUGAGAACCUGGACAAUGCCAGAGACCUGAUGGCGCUGGGCGGCCUGGACCUGUGCCUGUCUCGGUGCCUCUCGCACCGGCGGGGGGAGGUCAGGUGGAGGGCGGCCCAGCUCUUCGCCUCCUGUGCGCAAAACAUGCCCGAAGUGCAGUGCUACCUGCUCCAGCAGGAGGCGCUGCUGAGGCUGCUGCGGCUCACGGACACGGACGAGCACCCGACGGUGCGCGUGAAGGCGCUCUACGCCGUCUCCUGUCUGGUGCGGGAGCAGGAAGCGGGGCUGCGCGCCUUCCUGUCACACGAUGGAUUUUCGGUGCUGAUGCGAGGGAUGCAGUCGGACAACGAGAAGCUCAGGACCAAGUCUGCGUUCCUGCUGCUCAACCUGCUGACCGCCUAUCCUGAGCACAGAGACACGGUGCUUUCCAUGGGCAUGGUGCAGCAGCUCGUCUCCGUGCUCCGCUCUCCGCACUCGCCCUUCCACGAGCACGUGCUCGGCGCCCUCUGCUGUCUGGUGGACGAGUGUCCCCGUGGCGUGAGGGACUGCCGCGAGCCAGCCCUGGGCCUCGGCGAGCUGCUGAAGCACAGAGCCGAAGAGCUGGAGGGCCGGCCGGAGAGCCAGGAGGAACUGGAGUUCUGCGAGCGUCUGCGUGCCGCCUGCUUCCAGGGCCAGCUUCCCGACGACAACGGCAUGGACCGCUGAGGGCCCCCCCCCCCAACACCCCCUCUUCCCACAGUCGAACCCCAGACAGCUCAGCACAGACAAGCGGACUUGAAGCUGGAAGGCGAAGCUCCUUCCGCACAGACAUUUAUUGGGCUUCUGUGUGAACAGUGGAGUGAGAGCUACAGGCACAAGAUUCAUUAGACACACAAUAAAGGGAGUGUGACAGCAGCGUGCACGUACACACACACACACACACACACAGUAGUGUGAACAUAUGUGCCAGUCUUUGUCUGAUUCAGCUUGCUGGAUUGUUGUGGUUCCCCAUUAAAGGAAGUGCAUUCUGGUG